AUGGGUGACCAGUGUACCCUGCGCCUCGUUCGUGAAUUGAGACAGGUCGAGCGGAGCGAGCAGCUUGCUUUCACUGUCCGUUAUGAAGAAAGCAACAUUCGUGAUAUCCAGGCUCUCAUCAUUGGACCUCCAGGCACCCCAUACGAACUGGGAUUUUAUGAGUUCUCCAUCAAAAUCCCGUCUGAUUACCCAGCAAAUCCCCCGGUAGUGAAGAUCCGGACAACCAACAAAGGCCGAACUCGAUUUGGUCCUAAUCUGUAUGCCAAUGGGAAGGUCUGCUUGUCAAUCUUGGGAACUUGGCAUGGUUCCCGGGGUGAGCAAUGGUCGCCUGCACAGGGACUCGAAUCCGUUAUGCUGUCAAUUCAGAGCCUGUUAUCAUCAAACCCGUAUACCCUGGAACCGGGGUUUGAGGACAACGAAAGGGCGAACGACACGGAAAAUAUGGAGGUCUACAAAUCCAAGAUCCGUCAUGAGAACCUACGACUAGCAGUCAUCACACCUCUUGAACAAGCCUUCCAAAAUUCGUCCCCUCCCGCCGAACGGCGCCAAGGUGAUGAGGAACUCGAACCCGAACCCGGAUUGCUUACUCAAAGCAAGUUCCACGACUUUUGCAAGCGGCGGUUCCUGUGGUACUUUGAGUUCUACCAGAAUGCUAUCGAGAAAGGUAUCGCGGACGAGUCACGCAGGCAAGGAACGCCCUUCAUUCAAAUGCCAUUUGAAGGGUAUGGGAAUAUCAUGGAUGGAGAAUGGAACUACAUCGACCUGCAAGCCCGUCUGUUGGCCCUUCGAGACCGAUUGAUGGAAGAGACACACAGCUGGCCUGUCGAGGGUCUUGCUCUGGUCAAGCAGGAUGCUGGGAUUGCAGUUAAAUUGAGGGGCCAGCAUGAACAGAUUGCGGCGGAAUUGAAGGCUUAUCCUCAAGUGAUCGAUUUGUCACUGGUGGAUGGCAACCCCUUCAUCUGGAGACUCACUUACGUUGGCCGCAACGAGUCCAAGCUGGAAGGUGGCAUCAUCAAGAUUAAGAUUUACAUCAGUCCACGACACCCAGAGGAACAACCUCGGGUCUUUGUCGAAUCACCUCUCUACCACAUUCGUGUUUCCAAGCUCGGUGUGUUGAUGUAUCUUCCUUCGCAUGCUGAAGAGAUCGGCCAACACAUCGAGGGUAUCAUCAACACGCUGGAAGAUGACAAUCCCCCGUACACCCCCUAA